UCUACUGACUGGUGAAGCUGACUAGGGAAUCUCCAAUGACUAGUGUUCAAUGAUACCAUCCAAAGGGGGUUAAAAGAAAACAAGUAGCACAUGUAUUGAUGUAUAUGAUGAACGUACCUGGUCAUCAGAGAGACUGGGAGCAUCUCGUGCAUGAACCAAUGCCAGAACGCACCACACUAUCAGUUCCUGCUGACAUGAUCGGGAAUAGUGCUGCUGCGAGCACAGUAGUACGAGCUCGCCGAUAAAUACUAGCAUGGCCUUUUGUUUUGAGCGAUGAUCACAAGAUUGAUGAGAACCCCAGCAUUUUUGAGGCGCAGACCCACCUGCUGCUGCCUCUCUGAAAAGCUCGGCAUGGCACAUGGUGGGUGAGCUCCUCGAUGACAGCAGAACAGGAGUGAUUAUUUCAUUUGCCAAACAACAUCCACCCAUUAAAUAUUGUCGCCAUACGCCAGAGCUCAGAAUCUGUCAUACUUAAUCGCCAUCACCUCUCUCCCUCCCUCUCUCGCCUCCCUCUGUCUCGGUCUCUCUGUCUGUUCCUCUCUCCCCUGCCUCUCCAUCUCUCUCUGAAGCAGACACUCAAACGCACACAGAGCGGGGGCUACUGAGCUGCUAUCAGUUUUGACUGGAUUUGAGCUCCCUUGACCAAAAGAUCCCAGGAACUUCUAUGGAGGUGGCAGCUAUGGCGGACUCUACUGCCAAGGUUCAAAAUGCUGAAACAACCAGAACAUACUUGCAUAUGCUGAUGUAGAAUUGCAGUCACUGGUUUGUAGUUGGGCGCUGUCAUCUUUGAUAGUGACACGGCCAUAGACUGCCUUGGAGGGAAAGAGCUAGUUGAGGAAUUGAGGUAUUGCAAAGUUUCCUCUCUUCCAAUGCUUGGAAACCUUCUUUGACACUUGAAUCACUCUGCAAGAAUAAGCAAUGUAUUCUUUCUUUUGCCUUGCUUCAUGAUGAUGGUCUCUGUUUCAUCUAACCUAGGAAAUGUAGUAGUUGGCGGCUCUGAAGUAGAACUGACCUUUUCCUUGAAAAGCGAUAGAGACCUGGGAACUCCAGCAAGGAUUUAAGCAAUGUAUGGGCUCCUCCGCUGAAGGCAACUACUCCCUUUGCUCUUGCACACUCUAGGCGUUUGACGCAGUAUGGAAGUGCAGGCAGUGUCACCAGCAAAGAAUGAAACAGGAGCAGCAGGAUAGCCAUCAUCAAUCCUGGUUCUUGGUGAUAACUUGCUAGGCAACAUACAUGGAUGGGCAGUCAGGGAAAACCAUGCAGAGUCUACCGGAUACAUUGUCAUCCCUCAAGGGGUUCAACAAGUACCUCACACCCGGUUGGAUUGAAUCAGUGUCCCACAUCCUCAAGGAGUUGACACCAACCAAACCACAUAAAGUAAUGGAAGAGGAUACUCAAAAUGUAUUUGAGUGUCAUGACACAGAAUUAGACAUUAAAGUUGCGAAGAUUCAAGAUGAAAUGGUUUCACUGGGUGCCCAACUAAAGCAGAAAACACUGCAGAAGAGAGAGUCACUAAAUAACUAUUUGGACUUGAAAGGAAGUAUAAGGGUGUUCUGUCGUAUGAGGCCUUUCAACCAUGAAGAAAGUUACAGCUCCAGAACCAUGUUCACCCUUGAUGAGAGUAAUGUUUUCUUAAAAGUUGCUGAAACCAAGACAAAGCAAUACAAGUUCGAUAAGGUUUUCGACCCAUGCUCAACACAAGGUGAUGUAUUUUCUGAAGUCGAACCAGUGAUAAAAUCAGCUAUAGAUGGCUACAACGUUUGCAUAUUUGCCUAUGGUCAGACAGGUAGUGGAAAAACUUUUACAAUGGAAGGCAAGCCUAAAGAUUUGGGUGUCAUACCACGCGGGAUUCAAGUACUGUUUGAUCGAGCUUCAGAGAGCAACAGCAGAUUUCAGCUCACUUUCAGCAUGCUCGAGAUAUAUAUGGGAAACCUACGAGAUCUACUAGUUCCAGGAAGCAAGACCAAUGGGUUAAAGAAUGUUCCGAGCCUCUCUAUUAAAACGGAUCCUGAUGGUGGCAUUGAGAUUGAAAAUCUAGUGGCAGUUACCGUGAAUAAUUUUCAAGAAGUGAAAAGAUUAUAUGGUCUGGGGACCCGUCUUAGAUCAACAGCUUCCACUAUGGCUAAUUCUACAUCAAGUAGAUCUCACUGUUUGAUUCGCAUUUCAUUGACCUCCUUUGAUGCACCUGAGAGGAAAAAAGCAAGAAACAAAAUAUGGAUGAUUGAUCUAGGUGGAAGUGAGAGACUUGUAAAGACCAAAGCAACUGGUAAAAGGCUGAAGGAAGGCAAAGCCAUAAAUUUGUCAUUGUCAGCCCUAGGGGAUGUGAUUGAUGCACUACAGACCAAAAAACCUCAUGUACCUUACAGGAAUAGUAAGCUUACACAAGUCCUGAGAGAUUCUCUAGGAUGCGAGUCCAAAACAUUGAUGCUUGUCCAUAUUAGACCAAAUGAGAAUGAUUUGUGCGAGACCGUUUGUACCUUGGGUUUUGCGACAAGAGUGAGAAGUAUCCGUCUAGAAAGUGAAGAAUCGCCAGAGGUAAAAACAAGGAAGGAAGAUUUCUUAAAGGAGUUAGAACAGACGGUCAGUAAUUUGGAACAAGAAUGUGACAAUAUUAGAAGAGAAAUUAAGAAGCUCGAGGAUACGGUGGAACAUUUGAGAGGGCCUCAAACAUCUGCUAGCACAAAUUUUGCAACUUCACAUCCAUCCACUCAGGAACUGAAGAUUGACAUGUCAAAGAAUGUAAGAAGUCUGAAGAAUCACAGAGAAGUUCCGCGUGGGUUACCAAGGUUCAUGAAGCCAACUGCUGCUAGCCAGCACAGGAUAGGUUUAAACAACAAUGUUCCCAGUAUUAACAGGAUGAAACCACCAAUGCCACCAAAGAGAAGGCCUUCUUCCGUCUAUGCAGAAUCUGUAAGAUUUCCAGUAAAUGCCGUUACUUGGCAGUCAGAAUGCAGUUCUGAGUGCAGUAUCUCCAUGACAAGUGACAUGAAUUGGACACCGAGCAUACUAGAUGGGACUGAAUGUAGCCAAGAUGCAUCGGAGUACGAGAUCAAACAGGUGAUUUUCUCAGAACAUGAGAAACCAUCACAGGGUCAAGUCAUUUCCUUCAAAGAAUGGCAACUUACAGAAUCAGAGAAUAUGCAGAACAAAACUGAAGAAAGGAGUAUUAUAGACAUUGAUAAUUGGAUCCACCAACAAAUACUUCAAAGUGCUGGCACAUGUCAAAGCAAAAGGGUUCUAACUGUUCCCCAUGUAACUGAAGAAGAAACUUUCAAUAUUCCUUCACCAAUUAAGAUUGAAGGGACUAAAGGUUGUAAGCAAGCACAGGACGAAAAAAGUGAACUAACCCUACAACCCCCACCACUCGAUGCAAAGGAUAUAAAGCGACCCAAGGCAGUUAAUCAUUUCACCACAGCAGAAUUAUGCAGUCCUCCAUCAAGAGAACAUUGCAGCACCAACGAGACAAAGAAACAUAUGAAUGAAAAUCUUGCAUAUCAGGGGAGAUCCAGAAGAUCUCUUCAAGAAAACCUGGAUGGUUGCAUGCUAAAGCUGCCAGAAUCUGAACUCAAUACAUAUCCUGAAAUCAGGCCCCAGGAAGAGGAACACAGCAUAGGAAAACUGAAAAAGUUCUUUCAAGCUCUCCAAACAGCAUGGGGCUGUGUUCGUCUAGGAUUAGGCAUUGUCAACCUUGGAUUAGAGCACGAGUUCUUUCAAAGCUUGAUACUUUGAAGUAACUGUAAUGUCGUCAUUUUAAGAGGUAGUACUCACUUUUGAGAGUACACUACUUCAGGAAAUGUACUGCCGGUUUGACAUAGCGGCAGGUGAAUUGCUGAUCUGAUGCUGCAUUGCUGCAACAGUUGGUUUGA